AUGAAGACUAGUAACAUUGAAAUCCUGGGAUACAUCCUCCUCUUUGUCGCGAAACGCGAAAGCUCAUGCUGUCCAUUCUUCAUUGACUCUAAUUCGAUCCAAGGUGAAAUUUCCGCCGACCAAUCAUGGGAGCAGUUUAUGAAAGCUUGCGACCAGCUCGCGGAGAGAAUUCCCCGACACAUCAGAGAUGUCGCGGGCAAAGAAAUUCAAACCAGACGAGGUAACAAUCCAGUGGCUCAACAACUUCCAGGAUGCCGGCCCAAAAGCAUCAAUGCCCAGGUAUCGCAAACCACCAGAGAGGUUUCGCAAUCCACAGGGGCAAGCAUACCGUCAAGUAUUCAAGCUGGUCCUCAUACUGGGAUAGAAAGAGUUUCACAAGAGCGUAUCUCAAGUUCUUCGAACCAGGAUCGACCGUUGGCCCAAAAGAAGAGGACUCCGAGGCAGAAAGACCCUCCGCCCUUUAUUUUUCUUGAGGAUCUCCAAUCUUGGGCUAGAUCAGCAAAUGGAUUUCUCAAUGUUGAUGAGAUCAAUAUUGAUCAAUGUUGCAUCGCUGGUUACAUCACCAAACUUGACCAAACUCAGUAUUUCAAUGCCAUCAGACUACGGUUCGCCCUGUUACAGUUGUUUAAAAUACACCAACAAUGGCAUCCUCGGCCAAUGAAGACCUUUCGAGAAAGAUUAGGAACGCCAAAAUCAACUUUCAACGCCUGGAUAUCCGAGGGUCGAAACUACAGCUCGCUUGUUUCUCAAGAGGGUCCUGAUGUCUUGUUCGCGGAACUUAAAUCAAGAACACAACAAGAUGCGGAAAUAAUCACGCCUAGCCGGAAAAAACGGCGCAUCGAUGACCCUAGUACGGGCGGUGAUACUGAGACCAAAGGCGUUAAAAAAAAAGAUUUAACAUUUACGUCCGAAGAACUUGAACUUCCCAAGGUAUACGUGAAGGAUGAGGCCGGCAAGGUUGUUGAGUUUGACGAAAGUCCCAGUAAAGCUAAGGAGCUAUUCAAGACCGCCGCGGAAAAUAUUAUAGCACUCUUUGAAGGGCAACGCCAGAACGCAAGACUUCUCGAUGACGAUGAGUCACGAGAAUCAUGGAGCGCCACAAAUUCGUGCCAGUCUAUGUACUGCUCAGUUCCGGCUACGAACGACGACGCCAUGGUCGAUGCCGGCCAAUUCUUGCGACAAAGUCCCACAGAAAGGACCACCGAUGAUGGGAUCAGUAGUUAUGGAUUUGGAUGCACAUCGACUAAUUCCACUGCGUCUCUACCUGCCGAACAAGUUGCAAUACGAAGCUUGCAGGAGCAUACAAGCUGGAACGCGACGGGACACCCUUCGCCGUCGCUUGUGGAACCACGACAAGAGGGUACUUCAUCAGGUAUUGGAGAUGCAUAUAACCAGCAACCUGGCAGCACGCCAAAUACACGCUUCUCACCCACAAGUCUAACCCCAAGCCAGCUUCAGUCUCCAAGUAGUCAGCCGGCUUCUGGGCCUCGUGCAGGCCAUAUUUCACAAGCAGAAGGCUCCAGGUUGUCUGAGCUUUUCCCGUCUAACGGUGAUCACGCACUGGCGUCAAUUCGGGACUCUACUUUCGACGCUCAAGCAACGAAUUAUCCAGGUGCAAAUAGUCCGAAACUACUUGCGGAUUUCAGCGAGCUCUUAGAAGACGAUACAUGGGGUUUGUGGUAUCAGUGA